CGGUAUUUUAGGUGCUUGUGUUUAUGAGAUAGUGUACUAAAAUAAAAUGAUUAAUUAGUGUUUUAUAGUUUGUUCAUAAACAAUAUUUUACCAAAAAUCUUACUAAUAAAAGUAAAAAAUGGAGAGAGAAAUCAGCAAUGUUCGCCACCUGAACAACUAUUUCAUAAAGGAUUCGCCAGAAGGCGACUAUCCAGCCAGCUCUGAUGUUAUAAGAGAAACAAACGAGCUGUAUCUCCGUCAUCUGAUGACUGAAAUAAGAAGAGUGGGCCUGGAGCCUCCGCAACUGGGAUCAUCCGAAACAGGCGGUUAUUCUUCGUCGCGGCGGUUCCGUUCGCUCAGGAGUAUGGCGGAUAGGUUCGAGAAUUCGCAGCAAAGGAGAUGGGUGCGGGAGCAAGCUCAGAACGUGGAUCUGGAUAGCUUGAAUGCGCAUACCUUCCAGGAACUUUUGUCUGGGUUAUUCGAGCAAGGGGGAAUCACCUGUGAACGAGUCCUUGUCCUAUUUUACUUUUGCGCGGAUUUAUCCAUACGUGCUUUGCAGGAGAAAAUAUCAGGAUAUUUUUUGCAAAUAUAUUUUUGGACGACAUGUUACAUAAGUGGUAGAUUGGCCUUUUGGAUUGAAAAACAAGGAGGAUGGGCAGCUUUACUUCCGGGUUCAGUCGGUUACCUGAGUUUUAAUUGGUCUUAUGCAGGAAUGUUUAUUAUUGGUAUCUUGGCAACCUGUUUUUUUAUGAGAAAUUUUAAAAAAUAAAUUAAGUAAUUUGUAAUCAAUAA